CAAUACGGAAGCAUAUACUACCAGCAAAAAUCAAAUGCAAUCAGUGGCGUUAUAAGAACGUGAUUUGAAACAGGUUACAGGUAGGCUAUGCAAUAAUAACGUGGAAAGUGAGUAAAGGUAGCCAACUGCCAAACAAAUAAAAUGGAUACAAGUUAUAAUGAGUAUUAACAAAAUGUGUACAAGUACAUCAAACUUAAACUGUGCCCUAAAAUACCCCUUCCACCAGUUGUGUUUAAACUGAGCUAAAGACAAAGGGAAAAGCAGAGUAUACGUUGCUAUUUUCCGAUUGCACUUAAAGGCAGCAUAAUCGGAAUACGGCUGAGAACAGUGUAGGCGUGGUUAAGGUUGUGGCAUGGGCUCCGGUUGUUAAUAUGUUAGCCGGAAGCUGCUGCAGCACUUUGUAAUGCAUUUUUGAUCUCUCGAAAUUACAUAGUUGUGCAAAUUCCGUGGUGCACCUAUAAGGACAAAGGAAUAUAUUGGAAAUUUAGUUUCAUCUUGAACUCAAAAUGGUGAAUAUUUUCCUGUUUACAGCCCCGUUCUCAUGACAUAGACGAGGAGCUAUGGGCUUCUUAAGACUGGUAGCCAGAAUUAUGGGUAGGAUCAGUACGUUCAGAUCCUAUCAGUUUGUGCUUCUCCUUGCCGCUGCACUUGCUGUUGUAGCAUUUUACUACUUUGGCUCAGAGAAGCAGAACUUCUCCAGCACCACAAAGAGGAUCAAGCAGACCCAGGCCAGCCACAACACCAACAGAAAUGAUGCUGACCUAACCAUGGACACCAGGAUAUCACAUACAGCUGGAUCUGAAGAACAAGGAGUGGACAAUACAGGAUCACAGAACAAGGGUUUUCUGUCCUGGAGAGGACGUGGUGAGUCUGGUGACCAAUGCUACCACGCUCUCAUGAUGUUCACCAAGGUGGACAAGAGCCGAAGCCUGCAGGAUAAGUUCAGAGUGGCCAUGCUGUCUAUGGUGAAACAUGGCCACUUUCUGGAAGGAGAGGUGUUGGUGUUUCAUUUUGUGAGUGACCAGGCGAGCCAAAAGCUGGGUGAGAGGAUGCUACAGGAAUUUCUCCAAGGCGCAACUUUUAAAUAUGAGGUGUUGUUUCAUGACGUGGUUACUCUCACACAGAAGCUCUUCCCUAUUGUGGAGGCCAUGCAGAAGCAUUUCAGUGCUGGCUCUGGAGCUUAUUACAGUGACUCCAUCUUCUUCCUGUCUGUAGCCAUGCAUCACAUCAUGCCUAAAAGUUUGACUAAGAUAGUGCAGCUUGACUUGGAUCUUAAAUACAGGACCAACAUCAGGGACCUUUUCCAAGAAUUUGAACGGUUUCCUCGUGGAGCAGUAAUAGGCAUCGCAAGAGAGAUGCAACCAGUCUACAGACACACAUUCUGGCAGUAUCGUAAGGAGAACCCUCAGACCAAAGUAGGAGAACCUCCUCCUGAUGGCCUCCCAGGCUUCAACAGUGGUGUGAUGUUAUUGGACUUAGGUGCUAUGAGGGACUCUGCUCUCUAUGAUCAGCUGUUGGAGCCCAGCAAUGUGGCCAAACUCGCAGACCAGUAUCGCUUCAGAGGUCACCUGGGUGACCAGGACUUCUUCACCAUGAUUGGCAUGGAGCAUCCUGAAUUGUUUUAUUCCCUGGCCUGUGGCUGGAACCGGCAGCUAUGCACCUGGUGGAGGGACCACGGAUACGGAGAUGUGUUCCAGUUGUAUUAUCACUGUGAUGGACCAGUUUAUAUAUACCACGGUAACUGUAAUUCUCCUAUACCGGAAGACUGAACUUUGGCCUGGCCUGAUACUGCAACUCAAAAGGAAAGUCAUGUUGUCAUCAACUUUACAGUUGAUGUAAAUGAAGUAAUUGUACUUUUAUGGCAGCUGACUUUCUUGAUUGCAUUCACUCAUCCUGCCCCCUGCAGGUCAAUAGAAUACUGAAGGGCCCACCCAUCCAGCAGACUGUAUGGCCUUUUUUCCUGAGUCAUUUUAGGUGAGUAUUGAUGCUGAGAGCAGCGCUGCGUUACAGUAGUGCAAGUUGCUUCACUGACACAGGGAUGUUUCUACAAGUACUAAGAAGAUGAGAUUAGGCCAUAGGUCUGUCAUCUAUGAUGAUCAGUCUGGCAGAUCCAUUUAUUUGAUUGCUGCAUGAUUCAUAACAUUACCUGGAAGGAUUUUACCAUUCCUCGUCAGUUUAUUUAUUUUAGUUGGCAAGGUGGAGUUUGAUUGUCUAAACCAGCUUGUGUUCAACUCUAUGGCAGUGGCCUUCUUUCAAGAGGUGGACAGUGAGGUCAUGCAGAUAAGGGUUAGCAGCGAUGGCACUGAAGGCUUUUGUUCGUGUCCAGUAUUUGCAGUUUAGCUGAGGCCAAACACAAAGUACUUCAGAAGGAGCACUGAGGCAGGGUGCAUGACAGCAGACACUGACCCACUUCUGAGUUUUCUUGCUGUGCUCGCUGAACUGACAGUGAAGAUCCAAAGACACGUCAACACUCUGUAUUCAUCAGUCAGGAAAUCGUCUGAGGCAAUGUACACUUGAACACACGAAGCGAAGCAGCUGAAAAACUGGCACCAUUGCUGGAGUCAAGAGAGGCUACAGGAGACACUUGAGGAUAAACAUUAUUCCAAAUUAAUACACUUCUUUUGAUAGUAAAUGCUUAAUAUUUUCUACUUAUUUCCGUUUGCAAUGUCAAACUAAAUAUGAGUUAUCACCAAAGAGUCUAGAAGCUUGUUCAAUUUAGCUUAGGGAAUGAGUCUCUUAUUAUAUCAACACUGUACAUUUGGCCAGUUGAUUUCAGUUUUUGAUCUAUUUCCUACUCAUCAGGCAACAGUUAAAACUGGUUGAACAUUGGUAAUCCAUGAAAGUGAAUUGAAUUGUUUGUUUUCCAAUUUCACUCAUGUAAAGAAAGAAUGGUCAAUUAAAUGUAUUAAAUGUAAAAUCAGUACCCAAAAGAAAACCAGUACGUAGUUGUGUGUGCCUUAAAAAGUGUUCUAUUAGAUCAAUUCAGUAGAAAAUUCUCCAUCCUUUAAAUAGGGCCUCGCUGAAUUUGUAAAAUUUCUGUAAAAAGCCAGCAGCAGUUAAUUUAUCUCAUGUGAUGGAUGGUUGUAGAUAAUAUAAAAGCCUACCUGUUGCUAGAUGGAAUAAUGGUUUCUUCUACCCAGUGAGCUAAAUAUGAAAAACCCACUGUUUUCAUCAUUUAAAAAAACAAAACAAAACAAAUAGUCACAUUUUUUUUUCUUUUACAUAUUCACUUUUUUUUUAAUGUCAAAGCCAAACUUUUUUUUAUAUGAGACACAUUUCAUUUUGAACAGCUCUAUGUUUACGGGAGCUACAGACUUUUUCUGUGACGGAAAUAUUGUAAGCUAUUCAAUUUGUUUUUUCAAGUUUGUUCACCCCUUCGAAAUAAAUUAUAUGAUUGUUUUUGGUUUUAUAGAAACUAGUAACACAGUUAUUGUGUUAUUAAGUGGUUCACCUGUGGGAUGGUCUUUUAGUCACAGGGAUUAGAAUGAGAUUGUGAGAAAAACAUUUAUGUCAAUAAAGUGCUCACAUUUCCCAUUACACACUUAACACUUCUUACCAGUUUCUAGUGAAAGCUUGAAAUAACCUGUUUCUGAAAACACACCCAGUCGACACUCCAAAAUUAAUCGGCAUUAUCCCCUGACCUUAAGAUGACCCAAUUCACACCUGAACUUAAAAUGCAACUUGAUGUUGAAAUACAUUCCCAGGCUGAAAAAAAAAGUUGGCCAGGCAGCAGGGCAGGAAUAUCAAGAGGGCCAAGAGGGCCAUGGCCCUUGUGCUCUCUCAAUUUGACCUUGUGCCCUUGAAAAAAAUAUCUGCUGUAAGGCCGCAGUGGCCUUGAUGCCCUGCAGUUUUGUAGUCUGCCUCUUGACUGUCAACACGGUUUUAACACCACCAGCGUCUAUUGAGAAUAUCUAUUUUGAUGACAUUCUGGAUUCUUAUUGGGCAACUCAUCAGUGGUAGAUCUGAUUUGAGGCAUGAACCACUCAGAUGGGCUAUAAUAACAGUCCACUAUUCUAACUCCAGCCAACCAGGAGACUUGAUCAAACACGCCCCCAUCCACUUGUGUCCGCGUCUGUGACGUUGAAUUUUCACUGAAGAGAGAGAAAAAGUUGAAUGAGGUAAGACUGUGAUAAAUUAACAGACAAAUAAGAUAGGAAUUUCAACAUAUAGGGCCUAAGUUUGUUACUGUUAAAUAAGCAUUGCUUGUAUAGUAAUGUUAUGUUGUUACAACGCUGGCCCACUUUUAACUUGCCAAGUACUGACUAUAGCCUGUGACAAACGCUAAUUAGCUGUCUGUUAAGUUUUUCCUUUGACAACUUUCAAGCUAAGGUCAUGGAAGUUACUACUGCUUGUUCCUGCCAUAAUAUGAUACGUGGCAUGCGCUGGCUGUUCAUAACCACUUUUUUAAUCUAUGCAGUUAGCACUGUUUUGUUACUGCCAGUGUUGCUGUGUUCUGCAAAUUUACUUGUAAUUUAAUGUUUCAGAUCCUGAGACAUGACAGUUCUAUUUUUAAAAAUAAAAGGUCAGAAAUG